AUGGGCUCUCUACCAGGACUUGAGAUUACGCAACCGUUUAAGGUCCUUGUGGCCGGAGGGUCAUACGGCGGUCUCUCGGCCGCACUCAACCUUCAAGAUCUCUGCCUCGGUUUGGCACCGCGGUGUGCCCCGAAGCCUGCCGAGGGCCAGGAGGUUGAAGCGGUCGAGGCAUCACCAUUUGCCGUCGAUAUCACUGUAGUCGACGAGCGGGAUGGUUACUACCACCUCAUCGGCUCGCCUCUGGCGCUGGCGUCCGAGGCACAUGCCGAGAAGUUCUGGGUCAAGUACGACGACAUCCCCGGGCUGCGAUCGCCCAACCUCCGCGUGCUUCACGGGUCUGUCAAGUCGGUCGACCCGGAGCGCAAGGUAGCAACCUACCUCGCACACGGCAGCACUGAGGAGCCCGAACAGCUGCAGUACGACUACUUUGUCGCCGCAUCCGGGUUGAGGAGGGUCUGGCCUGUAGUGCCCCAGUCGCUGCGCAGGAAGCAGUACCUAUUUGAGGCGGGCGACCACAUCCGCGCUGCCACAGCCGCAAGGCACGGCGUGGUUGUUGUCGGCGGCGGCGCCGUCGGUAUCGAAAUGGCCGCCGAGCUCAAGGUGAUGCAGCCACAGCUUAACGUCACUCUCGUCCACUCCCGUGACAAGCUGCUCUCCUCGGAACCGCUACCCGCCGAAGUUGGAGAGCGCAGUUUGGAGUUGCUGCGGGAAGCGAAUGUCACUGUGCUCAUGUCCCACCGCCUCGACCGCACCGAGGAGAUCAAGGACGAUACUGGCAAGGAUUGUCUCAAGUUGCAUUUCACCAACGGUCACACCUUGCUCGCCGAUCAGGUCUCCCUUGCUGUAUCGCGGAGCGUCCCAUCAACGACAUACCUCCCCGACAACGUCCUUGACGAGGAGCGCUACGUCAAGAUCCAGUCCAGCCUCGCCUUCCCCGCCGACACGCCCAAUUCCCCCUCCCACUUUGCCAUCGGUGACCUGGUCAAGUGGUCCGGCAUCAAGCGCUGCGGCGGCGCCAUGCACAUGGGCUACUUCGCGGCCAACAACAUCCACCAGCACAUGCAGAGGCAGACUCUCGAAAAAGAGCCCAAGCUGCUGACGCUGGACGAGAUCCCGCCCAUGAUUGGGCUUGCGGUAGGCAAGAAGGCCGUGGCGUACUGGCCUGAGGGUGGCGUGACGUCAGGGGAUGACGUGAUGAAGACGUUCUUUGGGGAUGAUCUUGGGUUUGAGAAUCUUACUCCCCCACAACCGUGCUUCCAAACAACUCCCCACCACCGCACUAGGUACAUACAUACACAACCCCCCUACAACUUCGGCACCAACCCGACCCCCGUCCCACCCAUAACCUUCUCAUUCUCAUCCAGCGGACACAGCUGA